AUGUACGCGUACUUCAAGCGCCUGGACUACUUCUCAACAGAGUGCGUCUACGCGCCCUUUGCGGCGCGCGGCUUCGCCCGGGACCUGGUCAAAGACCUGGAGGCCUGCCGGCCCUCCGCCAUCAUCGACCUCAUCCACUCCGCCGAAAGCUGGACCGUCACCCUGGGCGGCGCCGCCAACGGCAGCAGCAGCAGCGGCGGCGGCGGCGGGCACGGAUGUGGGGCAGCGUCGGCAGCGGCGGCGCCGGCGCCGGCGCCGGGGCCGCGCGACUGCGAGCGGUGCGGCAGCAUCAGCAGUCAGCCGGUGUGCAAGGCGUGCCUGCUGCUGGAGGGGCUCAACAAGGGGCUGCCUCGGCUGGGGAUAUCCAAGGUCAAGGGCGGCGGCAGGGCGGGGGCGGCAGCGGCGGGCGCAGCAGCAGCAGGCGCGGCUGCGGCGGGAGGAGCGGGAGAGGGCGGCAGAGGGGGGCUGCACGGCUGCGAUUCGGGCCGGGGCAGCGAGUGCAAGGCGGGCGGCGCUGCGGCAGUGGUAGGAGAAGAGGGAGUAGCGGCGGCGGCUGCGGCGCGGCGGGCAGACGGAUGCUGCGGCGGCGGGGGCUGUGCGGGCGGCGGCGCCGAUGGCGACGGGGCAGGGGCGCCCGGCGCCGCCGAGGCGCAGAGAAAGCGGGCGGCGGCGCGGCGGCCAGUGGCCAUUGCUUACGAGAGCGAGGGCAGCUGA